UUUUGGGUUCUGGGAAACAUGGCGGCGUCCGAGCAGACGACAGAUGCAAACGUGAACAUCCCGGAGUACGAAUAUCCCGAUGUUAAUACAAAACCAUUUCAUAUAGGCUCUUUUAAAAAGGAGUGGCUGAGCAGACUGAAGCCAAGCGACUACUCGUAUGAGGAGGCGGAUGAGGACGCAUUUCUUGCUAACUUUGCCGAAGAGAUGGGGGUCGGUGCGGAAACCAUGGCUGAACUUAAGACUGUGUGCAGUGUUGAUUCGCUUCGAUGUCAUCCUGAAGAUCAGCAGCCUGACACAGAAGUUGUACCUCCAGAUCCCACAUUAAGAACACUAGUGCAAAGAAAGAAGAGGCAAGACCACAGAGCUUCUCUUAAAAAGAUGAAAAAGAACAGACAUGACCUCUAUGCAGAUGAACUGGAGCGCCUAACCAUUGGCAGGAAACCAGAAACGGUGACUGACAUGGUUCCCGAAGGAGAGAUCAUUCUAACCAUCAAUGUCUACUACCCAGCUGUGUUCGACAAAUUUAACUACAUCAGACCCCACAUGACUCUCCUGAUGACGGGUUCCCACAGCUUGGCAGAGCUCAGGGAUGCUGUUUGCUGCGUCAGUGACUUGCAAGUGUGUGGAGAGUUCAGCAACACGCCUGACGUAGCUCCAGAAUUCAUCAGCAAGGAUCAUUACAAGUCAGCUUUCUUCUUCUUUGAAGGAGUUUUCUACAAUGACAUGCGGUUUCCCGAGUGCCAGGACAUCAGCUCGACUACAAUUGAAUGGGCUAAGUCCCAUAACUUCCCAUCCUACAGCCAGGCCAAGAUGGAGGAUACACUUUUGGAGGAUCUGAAAGUCAAAGUGGGAUUCCCGUAUCUCUACUGUCACCAGGGCGACUGCGAACAUCUGGUCAUCAUCACAGAUGUUAGACUGGCCCACAAGAACGACUGUCUAGACAAGAAUCUGUACCCACUGCUCACGCACAAGCACAGAGUCCUCACCCAGAAGUGUGCUGUCUGCCAUGUUUUCAUCGGAAGAUGGUAUACCACCAACGACCAGUUUGCUCCGAGUGACCCAUGUCUCUUCUGUGACAAAUGCUUUCGUAUGAUGCACUACGACGCUCAAGGCAAUAAACUGGGAGAAUUCUUGGCCUAUCCCUAUGUGGACCGGGGUGCCUUUAAUUAAUGGUUCUCAUGACUUAUUGCUGUAUAAUACAGUUACAUGGUUUAUAUUUCAGAAGGAAAUGGUCUGAUACUUGCAACGUCAUCAAAACUGUUGUUUCUUUUUUUUUUUUAGGGUUUGAUUUUCCUCUUUGAGCUAAACAGUAACAUUUACUGAUAAACAGUUCAGUUGACAGCAGCACGGUCAGUUUAAUGUUUAGCAUACUUGUGUGUGGGUUUGUCUUUUUUUGUGUGUGUGUAAAGUUAUUGAUUUUUAAAUGCACAAAACAGCUUUUUGAUUGAUUGAAUUCAUUAAAAGUAACCGAGUUGUUAUGUUUGAUUGGUGGACAUUUAUACAGCUUGUUUAACUCAUUUUGAUGUACUUCAAAUCAAUGAGGGUGACACGGAACAGAAACUCGACCUUAGUGAGAUGACAAUUUUAAAAGGCUGUCUAUUUGUCACCUUUAUACUGUACUGUGCAAAAGUCUUGAGCCGCCCCCCUUUUCUUUCUCAUUUCCAUUUGGUAUUUUGUUUCCAGUUAGUCAAACUUUUUUUUAUUUUUCAAGUGGUCUUGAGCAAAGCUUUGUCCAGGCUUUGUGAAAGUGAUUCAGUGUUCUCUGGGCUAGUCGUUGUACAGACUAGACCCCCGCCCCCACCUGAGUAGUCUGCAUGAAGGAUUUGCACCUUUUCACAAUGGUUUUUUUUUUUUGCGUAAGUCCUAGUAAAUCAUUUUUGAGUAUGUG